AUAUGUGGCGAAGUCUCCAGUGGUCCUCUCAGUUGCUUCUCUUUGUUGAUAUUCGUUCUUCCACUGUCGUCUGUAUCCUAAUUCUUUUUUAUAACAUCAGCAUAGGGUUCAAGCUUUUCUAAAGCACGCAAACAGAUCUAGGGCUUGAAUUGGUUUGGUGAUAUCUCCGCAACCGCUGGCGUUUCCUACGGUGGUGAAUAACACAUGUUUAAAUCAGAAACCGAAUCAAGUUAUCUAGGGUUUCUUUCUUCUUCUUCUUCUCUGUACCUAUAACCACCACUGCAAAAGGUUCUAAUAUCUGAUCAACACUGGCCGAAGAAACCAGAAGGCGUUUUUGAAGCAACCGAAAGUCUUCAUCUGGUUAGAAGCGGACCCUAGACCUCUAAGUUUAGUUCGAAGAAGAGCGGCAAAGGAAAAAGGUCUGGAAAUGGGGAAGUAGUUCCAGAAGAGUAUUGGUCUUGGAUUUAACCUGAGAGAGGCUAUUAAAGUUUCAACGACUCAGAUUAAAGCAACGUACACCUGCUGCUACCAGUGAUGUUCCAUCCACCUUUUUUUCUGCCCAAACUUGGUAGAACUCUAGGGGAAAGCUUCUCUUCAACCCAAAAGAACUCAAAAUCACUGGAGCGGAGAUUAAUGCUAUUGUGCUGCUUUGAUGCUACAUGUUGAAAGUUGAGAGUGCAACGUUAAAAACCAAUGAAACCGGUUUCGGGCCCAAAGCUGGACGUUGUCUGUCUCGCCACUUCAGUUUCAAGUCUUCAAAAAGCUAACAACAUGAACAACUUACUAGCAAUGGCGUAGCCAGGAACUUUUUUAGAUUGUACUGAUUUUAAGCCUGAAGGUGCUGGUCGUGGCAAUUAGGGAACUGCUACUGAUGAGAUUGCAGUCAUCAUGGAAGUUGAAGAAGAAAUCAUGGAAGUUGAAGAAGAAAGCGAUUUCUCGGAUAGGGAUUUGACAGGUGAAUCUGAAAGCGAUUUCUCGGAUAUGGAUUUGACAGCACACAAAACAAAAACACGGAAGAGGGGGUUGACCAGGUUACCAAAAAUGCGAACAGCAUUUACAAACUCGGGUGGAAAAAAACACAAAGUUACGUUUGAUGAAUUGCAGAAGUUUUCUGGGGAAUAUAGAUCAGAAUUUUCUAGUUUUUUGGGAGACCUAGUAAGAGAAUAUGUCGGAUUUAGGUUUUUAGCGUGGAAAACAGUGCCAACAGAAGUAAAGGAUAAAUUGUGGGAGGAAAUAACGCGUUUUUAUGACAUUGAUGCAUGUCGUAGGCGUUUUGUAAUGACUCGGCUUGGUGACCUGCUUCGAAAUUUUAGAAGAAAAGUGUAUGCGGGAUACAUAGUACCUAACUUAGGUAAACCAAAGAAACUUGCACGAAUUCCUAAGAGGUAUCGUUCAAUGGUGGAGCAAACAGACUGGGACAAGUUUGUAACAUAUACACAAUCAGACGAGUUUAAGGAUGUGUCAAAUAAGAGAAAAACAGCACGAUCAAAAUACGUUUAUGAACAUCACUUGGGACGAGGAGGGUAUGCUUAUCUAAGAGACAAACUGGUACAAAAUAACGAACUUUCAGUUGAUGAGAUCCCCUCUCGUGCUUUAAUGUGGAGGAAAGCAAGGGAAAACAAAAAUGGAGAAUACAAGAAUGUUGAUGUAAAAGACAUAGCUAAAAAAAUAAUUGACACUGAAACGCAAAUUAAAGAUGGAUCCGUGAACCUUGAUCCGGGCACAGAUGCACUCACAUUAGUAUUUGGCAAAGAAAAAGGUGGGUAUUUAAAAGGUGUUGGUUAUGGAGUGACUUCUAGUAGAUAUUGGCAGAGUCCUCGAACAAAAGGAUCAUCAAAAGAACGAAUUGCACAACUAGAGUUUCAACUACAUAACGAGAGACUUGAGCGUGGGAAAAAAGAUGAACAAAUUAAGUCCCUUUCGAUGCAGAUGGCAGAAACAAAUAACACACUUAAUCAAGUUUUAGCUCAUCUGGCUGCACAAGGACAAACUUUACAAAUAUGUUCAUUAUCUGCAGACAAAAUGUCACAAACACAAGUAAAUUCUUUGGAUAAACAUGAUGGAUCAAAGCAUAAGGCCAAUGCUACCGCAUCUAAAAUAGUGCAAAAAGAAAUGGCACCAACGGUAAAAUCUAUGAACAAUAGUACUGGAUCAAAGGACAAUACUAAUGUUACCACAUCUAACAUAUCAAGUAAAGUAGUGCAAACAGAAGUCACUUCUCAUGCUAACACUUCUAAAAUGGUGCAAAAAGAAAUGAUAACGGAAAAUGUGAAAACUAGAAAAAAAGAUGUUUUGUCUACUCAAGAGACUUCACUUCUUGGGACAUCAUCGCAGUUGGAAUCACAAGAAAAUAUACAUAAUACACAUUCAACAAAUGUCCUAGAGAUCAAGUGUACUCUAUAUACUAUAAAUAUGAACAACUGUGUGGCUUAUGGUACAAUUCAUUUGUCAACGGGAAAACAAAGCAUCCAUGGAGUUCCACUACAAGAUAAUUGCUAUAGAGUUUCUAUUGAUAAAGUUGUAAAAGAAGCAGCAUUUCUACCGGUAGAAUCAUGUGAGGUCAAAACAGUUGGGGAUGCACUAAAUACUUUUGUUGCUUGGCCAAAAUACCUUGUCAAAACUAGCCAAAAGAUACCAAAUCUAUCAAGCAUUCAAACACAAAACUCUACAACUCAAGUCGCUAAAAAGCAAAAGAUAUGUUUUACAACGCUAGAUGGCAUAAAAAAACAGGGAGCAAGAAGAACAAGAAAAACACUUUAAACUAGUACUUAUUUUAUGUUUACAAUCAUUUCCUUUUGCAACAUUUGUAGACAGUUUUUGAUUAGAAGUUUAGUUUUUGGUAUUAUUGUGCACAGAUUUUGGUUUAUUAAUUUUAAUAUUAUUUGGUUUUA